AUGGCCGUGAUUAGCGAGAUCGUCUCCGACGAAUCCCUGCUGCCCGUGCUCGCCACAAGUGCCGACACCCUUGCCCAGUGCCAGCACCUGCUCGCUCUCCUUGAUCCGAAUAAUGCCGUUCCCGACGCCGACGCCCAAGCGGCCCUACUAGCCGCUUCCAAGCAGCAGAAACUCCUGUUCGCCCGACUCGCCCAACUGCGCGGCCAGAACCGGGAUGCCAUCUUUCGUGUGCGUGACACCAAGCAGGCGACUGCAGAGGCGCGCCAGGAGGUCGAUCGGCUGCAUCUCCAGCUGCAAAACCUGUACUACGAACAAAAACACCUGACGGGCGAGAUCGCCGCCUGCGAGUCUUACGACCACAAGUACCGGUCCCUGCCCUUGAUCCCCAUUGAGGAAUUCUUAGAACUCCAUCCGGAACAUCGUGCCAUGAACGAACACGAACUCAUGAUCGCUCGCAUCAACCAUGAGCACGCCGAACGCGAAAAACUCGAGCAGGCACGCCAGGAACUCCUCAAGCGGAAGCAGGCUCUGAUCGCCGAGAACAAGAAGCGGAAAGACGAUCUCGCGAGUUUGGAUCAGGAUCUUGAAAAGUUCAUUGAUGCGGCCAAGCCGAUUCAGAAGAUCUUCGAGAAGGAGUACUAG